AGUAGAAUACCAAUCGAGUAAACCUUCUCUGCUUAGCAAAAAUGUUCAAGUACUUGCUCUUAGCCACUCUCAUCCCAGCCGUUCUGUUGCAGAACGCUGACAACAUCGACUACUCGGAUUGGGACGUGGUAGCCGUCAGACCAUGUGCUGGUGCUCGACCACUUCCAGCUGUAACUCGGCUUCGGGACUGUCCAUCGGUUCCGUGUCUACUGCAACGUGGAACAGAUGCCAAGAUGGCAGUUGACUUCACUGCUGUCCAGGAUGCAUCCAAUCUACGCACACAGGUUACUGCAACCGCUCUGGGUAUCACUGCUCCCUAUGAACUGCCGGCGGAUCGUGCCGCCGCCUGUAACUGGCUGGUGCAAUCGCGCUGUCCGCUGACGGCCGGAGAGGAUCUUGUUCACCAUCUGAGUAUGCCAAUUACGGCCAUAUAUCCGUUGGUCAGUGUUGCCAUCGAGAUGGAUUUGGUGGACGAAAGUGGCCAGUCUCAUGCGUGCUUCGUAGUCGACGCUCGGGUGGUUGCAGCGUAAAUUGUGGAAAAGAAAUCUAUUUUUUCAGCAUGUAUCGAAACUGUGUGUCGUAUCUUGUGAAGUUACCAAAAAUAAUCGAAUAUGUGACCGUCCGACUUCAUGGGGCACUUGCGAAUAUAGGGACUUAGUGUCUACUAUAAAAUGAGUUGAUCAAAAAUCAAAAUAAAUUAUUAGUUGUUUUGGAAAA